CUCCAGAGACGCUAGGGUGCCCACGCCUACCCUCCCUCUCUCACCCACCGACGGCCACGUCUUCAGCGCCAGAGAACGCCAGUCGCUGGACAGUUACGCCCGUGGCGGGCGGUUGACAGCUCGGCGGCACAGACGCAGUUUCAGAACGUCUUUCCCUCUCUGGGGGACCUGCGAUGGUUCAGUAGCGGCCUGGUGCGUUGCUCGUCGGCGUCACUUGACGAUGGACAAGCAGAGGCUGCAGGACCCCAGGGGCAGCAGAACGUCCUUCCUCAUCGAGGACAUCCUCUUCAGGCCCAAGGCGACUCUCCCGCAGGUGGGCAGCAUGGGCCCGACGCUGAGCCGUGGCGCGGGUGUGAUGGAUCCCGGCUACCCUCUGCUGCCAGCAGCCUACCUGCACCCACACCCGUACCUGCACAAGGCCGAGCCCUUCUUCCUCACCCCAGGCAUGCCGUUCGGGCCGCUGCUGGCGGGCAGUGCGGGGACGGCGGCGGCGGAGCUGUCAGCCAAGCACUGCCGGCGGCGCAAGGCGCGCACCGUCUUCUCGGACCAGCAGCUGACCGGCCUGGAGAAGCGGUUCGAGGCGCAGCGGUACCUCUCCACGCCAGAGCGCGUCGAGCUGGCCAACGCCCUCAACCUCUCCGAGACACAGGUGAAGACGUGGUUCCAGAACCGGCGCAUGAAACACAAGAAGCAGUUGAGGAAGCUCAGUGAAGAAGGCAAACAUCCGUCCGGCGAAUCUGCCUCUGACGGGCCCGUCGACUUCUCGUCGCGGCCGUCGACGGCGACGGCGCCCCAGCCGGCCAACUUAUUAGAAUCUGAAGAAACAGUGGUUGCCAUGGAAUUAUGCGACAACUUAGAGCCAGAUUGA